ACAUCCACCCCGGCAGAUCAACCACUAGAAAGCUCUAGCCCCAAGCUAUCGCGACAGGCAAGACUCACUAAAUCAGUCCAUACUGUUGUACAACAUGUCCGACACAUCACAAAACCAAUUCUCACCUCACUCCACGCCGAGACGUCUCGCCAUCCCCUAGCACCCCUCCCAACUAUUUAUAUUGUAAAUCCCACCCAUACACACCACAAUCAACUCACAUCCCCAACUCAACAUGCCACGACCAAAACGCCAAACGCGCACGACGGACAUGUCCAUCCUCGACAGCAACGAGUUCUUCUCCGACGAGUCGAGUUUUUACGGCUCCGAAGACGAAAAAGCCCGCCUGGAAUAUCUCGCCAAAACCUACGACCCGGGACCCUACUGGGAAACCAUCCAUCCGACUCUCUACUCCACAAUCCAACAUGACGCCCUAGCUGUCUCCAAAAAACAACCCAUAUCCGAAAACAACCCCCCAGCCAAACCCAAACCAAGCCCGCACCCUGUCCACUUCGAGCCCGAAACACCCACAUCCACUGCUGCGCACAACGCUCGCACACGCAACGAAUCUGUUCACGACUUCCUGGCCCGGUUACCGCCCUCUGAAACCGAGGCGGCGGAUGUUGGACCGUGGAUCUAUGUCGAUCAUCCCGGGGCGCCGCAGGGGGAGAAGGAUAUUGCCGGGUUGGUUGGGCGGGGGACGGAGAUGUUGAGGGCGUUUGAGGAGAGGAAGGUUGCGGUGGAGGUCGAGAUGGAGGGCGCUUCGGCGCUGGCGCGGGGCCGGAAGUUGGUGCCGUUGCGGCGGGGGUUGGAGAGGGAGAUCUUUGCGCUGGCGAGGGAGACCGGAGUGGUGUCGGGGAAGUGGAUGUUGUUUCUUGGGGAGGAGGACGUGGAUCGCGUUUGGGGCGUUGUGGUGGAGGAGACUGUCGAGGGUCGGUUGGGCUUUGCGGCGAAGGUGGCCACGCGGGAUGGGCGUGGGAAGGCGAGGUUGUUGGCUAUCUAUACCCGGGAUUUUGGGGAUGUCGACGAUGUGCGCCGGGUGUUGGAGCGGUUGGUCGAGCUGGAGUUGGUCAGGAGGGAGGAUAGGCCCAUCUAUUAUAAGUGUGAUGCUUAUACCUAUCUGGAGAUUACGAGUGGGAAUUCGUAUGGGUUGAAGGCGAGUAUGUUUUCCAGUCGGGAGGUUUUGGAGCGAAAAGUUUGACAUGUUUUCAUCUGUGAUGUAUUGCAUAUCUGUCCAUCUAAUUAUGAUGAUGAUCAUGCCGGUAUGAUCUGUCUGAGCUGCUGGGGCUCGUUGUCGAUAUCUAAUGCGAUAUGAGAUUGGUUUGUUGAGCUUGAGCUCAACCUUUUCCUGGCUGUCCCUGAUAUCGAAGUGAUACCCGUAGGUGAACUAGCCG